UUUCGAACCAUAAUCGAGAAUCGUUUCCGAGGGCGGCUUUCAGUUGAUUGCCUUACACUGUGACAUGAUGCUUUAUAUAUAAAACACAAGGAAAAUGAAAUUCUUGCUGUACCUAACAAUUAUGGUCCUGGGCCAAGCAUAUGCGCGUAUAUCUGUAAUGUAUGCGCAUGACAAGAUAUCUGAUAUGAUAGCUGAACAGUGCAUCAAUGAAAUGUACCCUAAAAGCCGGAAGAUGGAGUACCAGGAAUCGGACGAGCCUUGCAUCAUUUAUUGCGUGCUGAAGAAGUUCGGUAUUAUGAACUUGAAUGGGCAGAUCAAUUUGGACAUUUAUAGGAAGCGGGUUCAGUUGGCUCAUCAGUUAGACAAUAGGACAGUAAUGAGUGACAACGGCAGCUCUUGCGUGGAGAGCGCUGAGGCGACCCAACAUAAGCAGGACGUGUGCAAGAAGGCAAAAGUUUUUAAUGAUUGCACACAUCUCUACCGGAUUUUGUUCAAAUAGCGAAAUGUUUUAAUGAGUGUGUGUAGAAAAUAAAUAAAUAAA